UGUUAUCGGAACUACUCCCAUUUUCAGGGUUCAACACGACGGAGCCGAAAAACACUUCUUCUCCAUUCUCCUCUGCUCGAUAACCUCCGCCCUCCCGCCAUGCUCUCCGUCGCCAUGAGCACCCGCCCCUUGCUCUUCCGCCGGCCGCACCUCCCAGCGCGAGCUGCUAACUUCACCCCAUCUUCCUCGCCUGCUACGGAGACUCGUGGAGCCAGGCCGGGGGCCGAGGUGAGGCGGUCGCUCCUCCGCUCGCGCCCGAUCGUGCUGUCAUCUGUGGCCGUGGGGAGUCUUGUUGCUGCUGGUGCUGCGAAUGCUGCCGACCUCGGGGAUUCUCUGUUAGGAUCAUCGGGACUUCUCUUGGCUGACUUAGGCAUCGGAGAUUGGUUUGGAGGUUUAUUAUUUUCAGCUGGGCAGCAAGCUAAUGAGGCUGUUCUGGAUCAGUUGUCUGCCCUCAGUUUCACUAGCUUGGCAGUAAUUUUUGGUGCUGGACUUGUAACUAGUUUGUCUCCCUGUACACUCAGUGUUCUGCCAUUGACUCUAGGAUAUAUAGGUGCUUUUGGCUCUGGAAAAGAUCGAGCUGAGGUUGUUGGAAAUUCAGUUGCUUUUUCAUUAGGACUGGCAACAACCUUAGCCAUCCUUGGUGUUGCUGCUUCUUUUGCUGGAAAGGCUUAUGGGCAAGUAGGACAAGGACUCCCAGUGGCUGCUUCUGGGUUGGGAAUCGUCAUGGGACUGAACCUACUGGAGGUAGUUGAGCUACAACUUCCCUCAUUUUUCAGCGAUUAUGACCCUCGAUCUGCUGCAGCUAACUUGCCUUCCAGUGUACAAGCAUAUCUUGCUGGCCUUACAUUUGCAUUAGCGGCAUCACCUUGCAGUACACCUGUCCUUGCCACCCUUCUGGGAUAUGUUGCCACUUCAAGAGAUCCAAUUGUCGGGGGAAGUUUGUUGUUGACAUAUACAACUGGCUAUGUUGCACCUCUUCUCAUUGCAGCCUCUUUUGCUGGAGCAUUGCAGAGUUUGCUGUCAUUCAGAAGAUAUUCCACAUGGAUAAACCCCAUCAGUGGUGCAUUUCUAUUGGGUGGAGGUGUUUAUACCCUACUGGACAAGCUGUUCCCUGCGACAUCAAUGGUGAUGUGAACUGUAGAAUUGUAGGCCAUUGUUGAACAAGAGCUGCUAGACAAGGAUCACCACUGUUGCACAUGCCAACAUAUGUCUUGCAAUGUAAAGUAGCUAAACAUAAAUGGCAAGAAAGUAUCACCAGUUAUUUUGGCUUUUAUAGGAAUGCAAAUCUGUUUAUGGUAA